AUGUUAUCAUUACUUUCAGAUUUCACUGUUCAGUAUGUAAAGGAAAAUGGCUUGGAAGCACCUCUUCUGUUCAAGGAUUCUCUUAGUUCACUCGGAAUGAAGUACUUUCUAGUAGUUUUUCAAAAUUUUUUUUGGCUCGAUUUCAAUGUGGUAUUUAAAAUAUCAUGUUUUCUAAAGAAAAAAUCCCCACAGGAGAGGCGAAAAGAUCUGCUGAACUUGCUUUCGUUAGAAUUUUCGCUCACGCCACUUGCAAAUAUAAUACAAGCACCAUCAGUAGCUCGUGAAAUUGAUUGGGUUGAACUAUUUUGGCCAAAAAAAUCACGCACUUCAUCAGUUUCCUAUCCAAAAGUACAAAACUACUGCUUGAUGAGUGUGAAACGGUCCUUUACUGAUUUUCAUAUUGAUUUUGGCGGCACAUCUGUGUGGUACCAUGUUUAUAAAGGGAGAAAGAUAUUUUGGUUAGUUGAACCCACAGAAGAAAAUAUAGUAAAAUACGAGAAAUGGAUAUUGGAAGGAUCACAGCGAGAAGCAUUUUAUGGUGAUCUUGUGAACAGAUGUACACGAGUUGAAUUGUAUGAAGGAAAUACAUUCAUCAUUCCAUCAGGAUGGAUACAUGCUGUCUACACGCCAGAGGAUAGUUUAGUUUUUGGUGGAAACUUCCUUCAUAGUUUUUCGAUUCCAAUGCAGAUUCGGAUCAAUCGUUCAGAAAAUACUCUCAUGAUCAAAAGAAAAUAUCGUUACCCAAGGUAUUCAGAAAUGUUGUGGUUUGUUAUUGAAGGUAUUGUGAAUAAAGCAGAUGGAUUAGUUCAAGAAACGGCAAAAAACGAAGUAAUUUUUAUAUUUGGUGCACAGCGCUGUGAUUUGCUUAAUAUUUUUUUGUUUUUCAAAUAUAAAAAUUCUAUUUUUCUUUGUAAAAUACGAUCUUUGUUUCUUCUAGUUACCGAAUCAUCGCCACAGGUUGUGAGACCUAGACCACCAAAAUAUAAAUUGAGAGCUAGUAAAAAGCAAGAUCAUCAUAAACCAGACGGACCAUUGAUUGUUGGUGGUAUACCUCCAGCGAUCAUGCCACCUGAUGCACCGCUAGCUCCUAACCCUUAUGACUACGACCCGUUGGCUUCUGUCACUCCAUUAGGACAUAAACAGUUGCCUUCAGCCUACAGACGUACACCUGAUGUAAAGCUGCAAUAUCGAUCACCUUUAAUUCGACCAGGUCAAAGCAAUAACGAAACGAACGGGUUAGCGUUUCAUUAUUGUAUUCGCGGUUGCAUCUGCAAUAUAUUAAAUUACAAAUAUUUUGUUUUAUUUUAA